CAAUGUUUUUGAUCUAUUAUAUUGACCACUUUGUUUAGUUUUAGCGAAACAAAGAAAGAGAAGACUGAAAGGUGUUACUUUCUAAAGAGAAAACCAGCAGUUGAUGAGUUCUUGGUUGUCAGUCUAAGGAGGAAAGCGCGUGGUUCUGGGAGAGGAUUUGCCAUCUCUGUGAAGAAAUGCUCAGAUAAAAAGAUGGCAGGGACAGCUCGCCACGAUCGAGAGAUGGCAAUCCAGGCCAAGAAAAAGCUCACCACGGCCACCGACCCCAUUGAAAGACUCCGACUGCAGUGCCUGGCCAGGGGCUCUGCAGGCAUCAAAGGACUUGGCAGAGUGUUUCGAAUUAUGGAUGACAAUAAUAACCGAACCCUUGACUUCAAAGAAUUUGUGAAAGGGCUAAAUGAUUAUGCCGUGGUCAUGGAAAAGGAAGAGGCAGAAGAGCUCUUCCGGAGGUUUGAUAAAGAUGGAAAUGGAACAAUAGACUUCAAUGAAUUUCUUCUUACGUUAAGACCUCCCAUGUCUAGAGCCAGAAAAGAGGUAAUUAUGCAAGCUUUUAGGAAGUUAGACAAGACUGGAGACGGAGUUAUAACAAUUGAAGAUCUUCGUGAGGUAUAUAACGCAAAACACCACCCUAAGUAUCAGAAUGGAGAAUGGACCGAGGAACAAGUAUUCAGGAAAUUUCUGGAUAACUUUGAUUCACCCUAUGACAAAGACGGAUUGGUGACCCCCGAGGAGUUUAUGAACUACUAUGCAGGGAUGACGGGUGAAAUCUGUUGAAAGAAACAUAAACAAAUGAUUGAUGGGGUUUCUGAGAACACUGUUGUGUGAGAAGAGUUCUUUUGCCACCUCAGUUGGUGCGGUGAGAAGCUUGUGGUGAAGCAGUUCUUCCUCUCUGAGAAUAGCAUGACCUUCUUGUUUUAUUUUCACACCUGCUUCGCCAAAGCCAGUAUCUUCCCUCAGCAAAAUAGAGUGAAAGGUGCUCUUUAGGAGUGAACCCACCGAAAAUAUGAGCCAUGGACCAGUAACUGAGGUUUUGAUAAUGGACCUUGCAAGAACCAGAAAGGUAUAUCGUAUCAGGGAAAGAAAAAUCUCAAAAUGUACUGGCCUAUUUUCUUUUGUUCUAGAUUUCUUCUUACUGUUCAUAAAUGGAACUUAUUUGUUUAUGAUUUCUCUGGAGUAUGAUACAAAUUCUAAUAGCCACUGAACACGGUUGACACAAUUUCUGUUUCACUGAAGUUCUUGUGAGCACCAUGAGUUUCCUGUUCCCACUCUUGCUCCCAACAUGGAGACACGUGGCACGUGGCUCAGAUGUUUCAUUCUGCAUGAGACCCCAUAAUAAAUUUAAGAGGGACCCUGUAACUUAGAGCUCAAGCACCUGAAAUUUCGAAGCAACAUCUGAGUAUGUAGUUUGUAAUUCUGUCAUGAAAGACGAGCAACUUUUUCUUUAUAAGCCUUAGCACUUGGCACUCAGACACUGGUAUUGAUUCUGGGAACAUCUUGAUCUUAAACUUGAAAGGUUUAAGUUGCUGGUCUCCUAGAAACACUCAGGCCACAUGCAGAACUGAUGACUGUCAGUGCUCUGAGAGAGACUUAGAACAGAAAGGGAACCUGUAAUUGAGAGAAAAUGACAGAUGGCAGAGUAGUUUGCUCUUGCUGGGGUUAUAGUGAGCCUCCGAGUGCUUCCACCUUGAUGGGAUAAAGUGCAGCACAAACGCAGGGCAUUACCAAAUGCCAGGCGUUACCUUCUGAAACCCAGAUCAUUCUUUUAGUUUCCAAGGGGACUGUGGAAUAAACUCUGUUCCACAGGUUUCAUCCUUAGUCAUGCCUAAAAUCUCAUUUAGCAAUAUCAUUCCACAUCCAUUUAUUUAAGAUUAUCUUUGAAGCUGCACGGUAAAUAUAGUAAAUCACCAUUAAUUUAAGCUUCUCUAAUUGAGCUCACUUAGAUAGGGUUUGAGUGAAAAUUUACUUCUGUUUCAUCUAUAUUAAAAAGAAUGGCUUGUUAAGCAAAUCAGUAUAUAAAGAUUAUAAGAGCUGUGCCUGCCUAUGUGCACAUAUGUUUUACAGGUACUUGGAGAUACCUAUUUGCACAUAAAUGUUAAUUAAUAUGCUAGUCAUAAAAAGUUCCCACAUAUCUGAAAACGGCCCUAGAUCAAUUGUUCAUUGGUAAUACUUUAUUUACCUAAGUGUGACAUAAACUACUUACUAGAUAGUGAGGAGUUCCUAUAUGUAAAUCUUAUCCAGAUAGUAUCUUUAAUAGAAAUUGAAGCUGAAAAACAAUGUUUUAUAAAGCAGAAUUUCCGUGACAUUUAUGAUAUAAAUUUUCAAAUAUUCUGUUUAAAGAGCUAUACAUGCUUGUAGUGGUAAGCUAUGUAUGCAUUGAAAGCAAGAAUUUGUCAUAAUGGCAACAGUUAGGAUAUUGCUUCGAGGAACCAGAAAUUGAGAAGAUUUUGAGCUACAAAGUUAGAUAUGGUUUAAUAUCUAAUACCAACUUUGUCAAUUUAUCACAUUAUCGUACUGUGCUUUGCCAUUCACAUGAUUUUCUAAUGUAAUAGAAUUUCUUCAACCGAAGGCUUGAAACAUUAACAACUCUUGUACCAAGAGAAUUCAUCUAGCUUUUGUUUCUGUUUUAAAGUCUUUCCAAAAUAUUUUUCUUCUUAAUAGCUAACAUGUUACAUAUCAUGCUUCUCUAAAAGUUUACUUCCCAGAGGGUGCUUUUGGAUCAUUUAAAAAUGUUACUUGUGUGAUAUUUCAGUUGAAGGUGAUGAAGUUUCUUCUUUGAAAAUGAUAAGGCCCUGUUCAAAUUGUACUUGCUCAUGUUUUUAAAAGGACAAAAUGUAACUCCCCCCCCCCCGCCCCCAGUUAUUUUGACAGCCAAGAAUGAGAGUUUGAAAAUUUGAUGUCAAUAUUCCUUUUCCUGCAGGGUUGAACUGCUCCCGUCUAGCAAGCCAAGCAAGUUCUCACAAUGCCCAGCCUCUGCGUGGUACCCCUAGGACUGUGGGGAGUAGAGUAUAUUCUGUGUGCUGGUAUUAAGGAACAGGGGAGGUUAAGAGGGAAGAGAAAGGAAUGGAACCUAGGGGCUGAUUUCUGCUCUUUUAACUUAAUUGCCCAUUAUAGGAUGCACAGGGCCAAUUAUGAAACAGUAACACACAACCUGACCAAAAUGAGAAGUUUGCCUUCUAGCACCUCCUGUACGGCUAGUGCCUUGCAUCCUGCUAUUGAAUCCCAGGCAUUGCGGAUUCCUGGGUGUCCAAGGAUCCUGGGAAGUGCCCCAUUCUCUAGUUCUAUCCCUUAUUGAUGUGACUGGUCUGAGCUUUCUUUCUUUAAAGUGUUUUUUUAUCUGUGUAUUUAUGCUAUAAAUUUUUCUAUUCUAAAGUAAUAAUAAUCAUAAGUAUAAUCAUACAAAGUAUGCUCUAGAGUAGUGCUGUCCCCAUAAGACCUUCUGUGAUGAUGGAAAUGUUCUAGAUCUGUGCUCUCCAAGAUGUCAACCACUAGCCACAUAUGGCUACUGAGCAAUUGAGAUGUGGCUAGUGCAAUCUGAGGAAUUGAAUUUUUCAUUAUGUUUAAUUUUAACAAAUUUAAAUUUAAAAAGCCAUAUGUGAUUAGUGGCUACUUGUAUUGGAUAGUACAGCUCUAAACAUUUUUAUCUUAAUGCAAAAACUGAUGGCCAGUGGGCAGGUGGGUCUUUAGCAGACCUUGCAAAUGCCCCACCUCAGAGGAGAGAGGCAAGCCGGGUUCCCAGAUCCCCAAUUACCUGACUCUGCUUGAUUGCCAGUGGCAAAUCAGACUCCACAGAAAACAUUUCAGGGAGAAUGUAAAAUGCUUUACUAUGACUCACAUAUUUUGACACCAUUUCCUUCUUUUUCCCCUGCCUUUUAUCCCUUUCAGGUUUCAAAAGAAGAAUUUUUGAACUAUUACGCUGGUGUUAGUGCUUCUAUUGACACCGAUGCCUAUUUCAUUUUAAUGAUGAGAAAAUC